AACCGCCGACCAUACUAUUGGCAAGUCCUAGGCACUUGAGGUUUUACCCACAGCGCCACCCGCGUCCCAAAAUCUACCUAGAAAGGAGGAGAUGCCAGAGGAAAUUAGACUGUACUAUGGCAGAAUACCAGGGGUUCAGAUUCUAAAUAUUUCUUUUCUAGUCUGUUCUGUAAUGGAAGAAAAUGGAAUUGAUCAUGAAGCCAGUAUGGAGAGUGCGAGUGACUUAUUGGUCAACUCUAAUAAUACUGAAGAGGUGGAAACCGAGGACCAAGUAUUCCAGCAUCUAGCAGACAUGGAAACCGGGGACCCAUCCUUUGGGCCAAAUGUUCCUCAGGCAGUCCUACCCAUCACAGCGCCCAUUUCGGAAGAUAUUUCUCAGUCACUGAAUGCACAAAUGCAGCUGUCCCAGACGCUCCCUUUUUCAGCAGAAGGGUUUUCAACUUGUACACCAGAGUGGCCAUCCCUUUUAUGAAGUACAAUCCUCAGAGGGCUCCAGCACUCACAUGAUGAUAGUUGCCAGCCAGUCUGAGAAUGGGCAAGUGUUGCACGUUAUUCCUUCUCAGCCAGGAGUGGCACAAGUGAUUAUUCCCCAAGGUCAACUUCUGGAUGUCACCAGUUCUCAGGAUGCUUCAGAAGAGAGAAAUGGUGGGAGUUUGCGAACCGUUGCAGUGGCUGCUGUUGCAGAUGGUACAAGCAGAUACAUCCUUCAUCCUCAAGCAUCUCUUACAGUGUCCAAAGCAACAGCCACCAGGUUAUUGGAAGACACUUUUCCAGUUCCCCCUCAACCAUUGUCCUCAAACACACCUACCUGGGCUCGCCGUCUCAGGAACUGUGAGAAAAUUGGGGAUUCAUACCGUGGCUAUUGUUCAAGUGAAGCAGAAUUAGAGAAUAUUCUAACAGUGCACAAGCAGCAAACGCACAGCGUGUGGGGAACGCGCCAGUCUCCAAGCCCAGCUAAACCUGCCACGAGGCUGAUGUGGAAAUCACAAUAUGUUCCAUUUGAUGGGAUCCCUUUUGUCAAUGCUGGAAGCAGAGCCAUAGUGAUGGAGUGCCAAUAUGGGCCCCGAAGGAAGGGUUUUCAGCCCAGGAAAACUGGUGAACAGGAGGACAUUUCCUGCCAAGUGUACAAAGCCACCUGCCCUGCAAGGAUCUAUAUUAAGAAGGUCCAGAAGUUCCCCGAGUAUAGAGUUCCGACAGACCCCAAAAUUGAUAAGAAAAUUUUACGUGUGGAACAGGAGAAAGCUUUCAACGUGCUGAAGAAAAACCUGAUUGAUGCUGGUGGGGUUCUCAGGUGGUAUGUGCAGUUACCUACUCAGCAGGCUCAUCAGUAUCACGAGCUAGAGAUGUGCCUCCCACGAUCGCCAUUCUCCAUACCGUCUCCUGAGGGAGAGGAUGAUGCAGGCAAAGACGAAAGCUGCACGCUGCCCUCGCGACUUCACCCGCAAGUUGCAGAUAAGAUCCGAGAGCUAGUGUCUCAAGGAAUAGAACAAGUCUACGCAGUGAGGAAACAGUUACGAAAAUUUGUGGAACGAGAAUUGUUCAGACCUGAUGAAGUGCCGGAGAAGCACAACUUGUCUUUCUUUCCUACUGUAAAUGAUCUCAAGAACCACAUUCAUGAAGUGCAGAAGUCGCUAAGAAACGGGAAGAUAUUAUACAACUCAGAAACUAUUCCGGCAAUGCUUCAAUGGACAACAGACAGUGGUAAUAUUCUUACUGAAACAGUGACUGUUACACUUGCAUCUUCGCCUACUGAGGGUAGGAGCAAGCUGAAAACAUUUAUUUGUUGCUGAGUUAAUCCUAGCGUUAUGUAGCCUAUAUCAACUCUUGAAACGGACCAACUGAACUGAAAAACACAUCCCACUCCUGGAACUGGAAGGGAGCUCACCAGAGAAAACCAUAAUCAAAGUGGAAUCAAAUGGAGCAAAGGAGCUCUUAACUUCAGAGUUAUUCCAGCCCAUAGUAUUUACCCAGCAAAAGGGUUUACAGCUGCAAUCAUUUGAUGAAGCAGCAGCCCUUCUGAGGGUGGAUAGCCAGACACCUCUCCAGCCCGCAAGCCUUACGCAUUCCACAAGGAGGCACUUAACCAUCCGGCCUAUAUUCAACAAGGAAAAUAACCUUCGAGCAAGUUUCAGUCAAGCACAGAACAAUGCUACAACAUCAGCGCUUGGAGAACAACAUGGACCAAAUUAAAGGGCUGUGGCUUUGGGUCAGUUUGUAACUGUUGGCAGCAUGGGGGAUGCUGAAGCUCUUGAAAAGAAUCAAAGUAUUUUGGGAGAUGAGCAGACCAUUCCCACACAGACGGCAGACAACUGUCCAGCUCUUAGAGAAGGAAGCAGCAGCAGCUGAAGGGGACACUGUUUGCAGAGGUCAAGAAACAAAAGAACAGGCACUUUAUCCAGAGAUGGACAAAUACAGAGACUAGAGACUUGCAAGCACCAUCUGUGCUUGAGUCUAUGAAGGCUGUUGAGAACUUCGAAUGAAGAUAGGUCAGCUUUUGAGAGGACAUUAUUUGAUGCCUGCUCCUUAUGACUAUCUGUAAUAGACAACUGCUUUGAUUUACAGCUGAUCUGGUUCACUGCCAAUUCCAGAUGGUUCCUCAUGUGAAGCUACUAGUAUCUUCCUCCUUCGCAUGAUGUUUCAAUACCCAAAUGACCUGUUAUGGUCAUAUUUGAGAAGACCUUCCGAAAUCAGAUUGCUGAGGGGAUUAUUAUUAUUUUUUUUAUAAUUUUGAGCCCAAUAAUGCCUGUUCUCACUGAUUCCUCUCCACCUUGGGACCCUCUAACUUGUCUCAGCACACACAAGGACAUUUGCCUCGUUAGCAGCAGCAAUGGAAUUCCAAGAGACAUUUAUUAAUUGAGACCCAGCCAAUUAGCAGCUGAAAAGGGGAGAAAACGAUUGUCCUGGGGAAAAGAAUUGGGUUGCCAGCAAAAAAACCAACUGUUGAACUUGUAUGAUUAGCUGACAUUGUGGAAGAAGGUUUCACCUGAUACCUACAAUUAACCUUCAGAUUUAUUGAUGGUGUUGUCUUUUCUCAUUCUGCACUCCAUAUACUGAACGGGCAGGCGACCUAUGGAGCACAGUGGCUAAAAAGAGCCCUUACAUUUGGUGAAGAGUUACUCUUCAGCUGGGGACGCGGGUGGCACUGUGGGUAAAUCCUCAGCGCCUAGGGCUUGCCGAUCGCAUGGUCGGCGGUUCG